ACAGUCUUCAUUUUGUUUUUGUUGCGCGCGGUUGUUCUUCGUUUCUAUUGUGUUUGCAAAAGGGAAAACGCUCACUUGGAUGCAAUUUUCAUUAGCGCGAAAAUUGUGAGAACUCAGCGCAAACAAUAAAAGAAAAAAAAGAAAAAGAAUCCCAACAAAACAAAAACAAAAAUAAAUAUAAAUAAAAAUAAAAAACAUUCCAAACAGACAAACAAUCGCAACACAACGGAAUUGACAAUACAAUUGCGGAGGUUGUUGCAGAUUCCAGGUCUAGAAGCGAGUGUGCCACACGGACGGGGCACUUGCGAGUGUGCGUUUGUGUCUGUGUGCGCGAAUAGAUAACUGCAACCACAACAAUUGAAGUGCAGUUGAACAGCAACUCAAAUGAGGCGGCAGUCAAUGAUGCUGGCCGCGAUAUUACUGGCUGCCAUUUUGGGCAGCGCAACGGCAACGAACAAUUCCCCGCCACGGAUAAGCAAACAGCCGCCCACAGAUGAGCUGCUCUUCAAGGUGGCGCAACAGAACAAGGAGAGCGACAAGCCAUUCAUUAUUGAGUGCGAGGCCGAUGGACAACCCGAACCGGAAUAUAGAUGGAUCAAGAACGGGAAACCGUUUGACUGGCAGGCAUACGAUAAUCGUAUGUCCCGGCAGCCCGGACGCGGCUCAUUGGUGAUCACAUCGCCCAAGGAUGAGGAUCUGGGACAGUAUCAGUGCUUUGCCAGCAACGAGUUUGGUGUUGCCACAUCGAAUUCGGUGUUUGUGCGCAAGGCGGAGCUGAAUGCAUUCAAGGACGAGGUGGCACGCAGCGUUGAGGCCAACGAGGGUGAUCCCUUCUCACUGCAGUGCGAGGCGCCCGACGGCUGGCCAAAGCCAACGGUUAACUGGCUGAUCCAACAGAGCAUCGGAUCGGGCAUCAAAUCGAUCAACAAUUCACGCAUGACCCUCGAUCCGGAGGGCACGCUCUGGUUCUCAAAUGUGACGCGCGAGGAUGCCAGCGAUGAUUUCUACUACGCCUGCUCGGCGACCUCGGUGUUCCGCAACGAAUACAAGAUCGGCAACAAGAUACUCCUCGACGUCAAGCAGAUGGGCGUGAGCGCCUCCCAGAAUCGACAUCCGCCCAAGCGUCAGUACGUGACCCGUAAGAAUGAGGUGGCGCUGCGCGGCAAACGAGUGGAACUGUAUUGCAUCUAUGGCGGGACACCGUUACCACAGACGGUGUGGUAUAAGGACGGGCAGCGGGUGCAGUGGAGCGAUCACAUUACGCAAGGCAAUUAUGGUAAAUCGCUGGUGAUCAGGCAAGCGAAUCUCAACGAUGCAGGCACCUACAACUGCGACGUGUCCAACGGUGUGGGCAACGCCCAAUCCUAUUCGAUCAAUUUGAAAAUCCAUGCGAUACCCUAUUUCACCGAGGAGCCGGAAAUACAAAAUGCCGCCGAGGAUGAGGAGGUCGUUUUCAAUUGCAAGGCCGCUGGACAUCCGGAGCCAACGAUCCAAUGGAUACACAAUGGCAAACCGAUUGCACAGAGCGAACCGAAUCCGCGACGCACAGUUACCAAUAGUUACAUCAAGAUUGUGAAUCUGGUUAAGAAAGAUACGGGAAAUUAUGGGUGCAACGCCACCAAUUCUCUGGGCUAUGUCUACAAGGAUGUGUAUCUAAAUGUGCAGGCCCUGCCGCCAGAGAUUCAGGAGCCGCCCCGUGCCGAGUUUUCCGUCAACGGACGCAACAUCACAAUGAAAUGUCGCGUCUUUGGCGCACCCAAGCCGCAGGUGAAAUGGCGCCAGAACAACAACUGGCUGACCGGCGGACGUUAUACGGUGCUCGCCUCGGGCGAUCUCGAGAUCAAGGAUGUGGCUUUUGCCGACAAUGGUAACUACACCUGCCUGGCGGUCAACAAGUUUGGCAAUGCCACCGCCCAGGGUUCCCUGGUGGUUAGGGAGCGCACCCGGAUCACACAGGAGCCGCAGAACUAUGAGGUCGCUGCUGGCCAAUCGGCGACAUUCCGUUGCAAUGAGGCGCAUGAUCCCAAUCUGAAUCUGACGAUCGAGUGGCUCAAGGAUGGCCAGAACAUCGACUUUGAUGCGGAGGCGCGUUUCGUCAAGACCAAUGACAAUUCACUGACAAUUGCCAAGACCAUGGAGCUGGAUUCGGGCGAAUAUACGUGCGUGGCCAGAACUGAACUGGACGAGGCCACAGCGAGAGCCAAUCUAAUUGUUCAGGAUGUGCCCAAUGCCCCCAAAUUGAUCGGCAUCACAUGCCAGGACGACAAGGCGGAGAUCUCCUGGGAACCGCAGGGUGACAAUCGCUCCCCCAUUCUCCACUAUACGAUCCAGUACAACACCUCGUUCACGCCCGCCUCCUGGGAUCGGGCGUUCGACAAGGUGCCCAGCACGGAUUUCUCAUUUGUUGUGCAGAUGUCGCCAUGGGCCAAUUACACAUACCGUGUGAUUGCAUUUAACAAAAUUGGCCAAUCGCCGCCGUCCGGUCACAGUGACGCGUGCACCACACAACCGAAUGUGCCAUUUAAGAAUCCCGAGAAUGUUGUCGGCCAGGGCACGGAGCCAAACAAUUUGGUCAUCGAAUGGACACCGAUGCCGGAAAUUGAGCACAACGCACCCAAUUUCCAGUAUCGCGUUAGCUGGAAACGUGACAUACCCGCUGCCGCCUGGGAGAACAAGGAUAUCUACGAUUGGCGUCAGAGUAAUCUAUUGAUCGCCGAUCAGCCGACAUUCGUCAAGUAUCACAUCAAGGUGGUCGCCAUCAAUGAGCGCGGUGAAUCGAAUGUUGCCGCCGAGGAGGUAAUUGGUUACUCGGGUGAGGAUCGUCCCCUCGAGGCGCCGACCAACUUUAGCAUGCAGCACGUGACCAGUGCCACCAAUGCCUAUCUCGGAUGGAAUCCGGUCAGCGAGGAGUCUGUACGCGGCCAUUUCAAGGGCUACAAGAUCCAGACUUGGACAGACAAGGAGGGCGAAGAGGGCUUGCGGGAGAUUCAUACGAUCCAUAGCAAAGCGCUCGUCACACAAUUCAAGCCAGACUCCAAGAAUUAUGCCCGCGUUCUGGUCUACAACGGACGCUUCAAUGGACCGCCCAGCGCUGUGAUUGACUUUGAUACCCCCGAGGGUGUGCCGUCAGCGGUGCAAAGCUUGGAGGCAUAUCCGCUUGGAUCCUCCGCCUUCUGGCUGACCUGGAAGAAACCGCUCAAUCCCAAUGGCAAGCUAACCGGCUACAAGAUCUAUUAUGAAGUUGUCCGCGGCAGCUUUGUCGACGAGCGACGCGAAUACGAUCCCCAUAUCACCGAUCCACGCAUCACACGCAUGAAAAUGGCCGGCCUGAAACCGAACACCAAAUAUCGCAUCUCCAUUACCGCCACCACCAAAAUGGGCGAGGGUGCCGAGCAUUACAUUGAGAAGAGCACACUGGGCGAGGACAUUGCGCCCCCGUCCACGCCCUCUUUGACAUGGGAACAACUGUCGGCGCCAAAUGGUAUGCCCAGAUAUCGUAUUAAUUGGGUGCCCAGCACUGAUGGACGUUCAGGCUCACACUUUUUCACCAAGUACAGAAUCAAGGGUGAAACGGAAUGGAAGAAUGAGCACCCCGAGAAGUCAGUUGAUUAUCAGGAGAUUGGCAGCCUGGAUCCGGAUACCGUUUAUGAGUUCCGCGUUGUAUCCGUCGAUGGGCACUAUUACACGGAGAGCGCCACCAGCGAGAUUGAUACGAACAGCAUCGAGGGACCAAUAAUGGUGCGAAAUGAGAGUCUGGCGAACGCUGGUUGGUUCAUUGGCAUGAUGCUGGCUCUAGCCUUCAUCAUCAUCCUGUUUAUCAUCAUUUGCAUCAUACGGCGUAAUCGCGGUGGCAAAUACGAUGUGCACGAUCGAGAGUUGGCCAAUGGCCGGCGGGAUUACCCGGAUGAGGGCGGUUUCCACGAGUACUCGCAACCUUUGGACAACAAGAGCGCUGGUCGCCAAUCCGUUAGUUCAGCGAAUAAGCCUGGCGUGGAGAGCGAUACCGAUUCGAUGGCCGAAUAUGGCGAUGGCGAUACAGGCAUAAACGAAGAUGGUUCCUUUAUUGGCCAAUAUGGACGCAAAGGACUUUGAUUUAAUUUGUAAGCAGCAACCCGAACCAAUUCGAACCGAGCCCCUCCACAACAACAACAACAACAACAAGAACAACAUCCGCAACAACAACAACAAAUACAGCCCAAAAUUCUACAUGAAAAUCAAAGUUUUUCUUUAAGUUAAUUUUUAGUGCGACAAGUUUAUUUUCUAUAUGAAUGCGAAUAUUUUUUAUAAAAUAACUAAAACUUAGAACUAAACACACAAAAAAUGACUGCCAAGCAAAAUGAAGUUAAAGAACAAACCAUAGCAGCGAUGCAGCAAAAACUCCUUAAAAAACAAUUACAUUUAUUUAUAUAACAAUCGAAUAAAUCUGACGACUUGACUCGCCCAAUUAGCGACAGUAGCAGCAGCUGAGAAAGCAUCAAAUUCAGUAACAGAAACGAAAACCGUUACCCAAAACACACCAUCUUCAACUCAACCGCCUCCCAACCCACCACACCUUUCUCAAUAAAGCAGCUGCGUGUUUCGUUGCUCGUUCUCUCACUCUCACUCUCUCUGUCUGUCUCUCUCUAUCCACCUAUUUAUCAGACUAGCGCUCUCAGUCUGCCCUCCCCCACACUUUUAACAUGUAAUGCAUAUGCGUAAAUACAUAAUUAAAUUUAAAAUUUUGUUUAAAAAGUAAUUAAUGUAAAUUCACCGUUUUUAGUUUCCUCCUCUUUGAAAACAAAAAAAUUGCAUACUUGUGUAUUUUCUUUUAAAUUCUAUUUAGUUUUGUUUCAUAAUUUUAAUUUUGUGUACAAUAUUUUUAAAUGAAAUAUGUUUUACCUUAUUAUUUCUUAAAUAUAUAUAUACAUUUUUUUAUCAGUUCGCUUGGACUGCAAAAUAUAAGGAAAUGUUGUAAACAACUGUAUUUUGUAAACAGUUUGUUUUUUUUUGCAUAAAAACUAAAAACAAAGAAAAAAAUG